GGCUUGACUGAGGAGCUAACAACAGGAAACUGGUCUUGAUUCGGUUGAGACCGAUAGAGAAGACGUUGCUGGAAGGUUUACUAACCUACAUUGAUCAUUUAAUCUGCCAGUGGGAAAUAUGGAGGAAUACCAUCCUGGUGACGAGGUGGCCUUCAACCCUGAUGAAGCAAGCAACUCCGUGAAAGAGUGCAUUGAGGGGAUCAUUGGAGGGGUAGACUACAGCCAGAACAAAGUGAACCAGUGGACGGCCACCAUCGUGGAGCAUUCCCUCACACAACUGGUCAAGCAGGGGAAGCCCUUCAAAUACAUUGUGAACUGUGCUGUCAUGCAGAAGAGUGGCGCUGGUCUUCACACUGCCAGCUCUUGUUACUGGGACACAACUACUGAUGGCAGCUGCACGGUGAGAUGGGAGAACCGCACCAUGUACUGCGUGGUCAGUGUGUUCGCCGUGGCCGUGGCCCUCUAACCACCCUGGCCAGCCAUAACACAUGCCUGAGAGCGACGGAGACCAACACGCACACAGACACAAGGGGAGCAAACACCAACGCUUUCAACAGUUGGCUGUUCAGCUGAACAAUGUUCAGUGUCUGGCGACACUCCACAGACUGACACACAACACAACACAACACAACCCCCCCUCCCCCCCUGGAAGAUGCCAUUUCUUUUGUGCGUCCUCCGCAGCUGAUCGUACAGUACAUGACAUUGCUGCAGUGCUUGUCUUUCAUGCUAGUGUACAGUAACCAUGGCAGUUAUUAUUUAAACUCUGGGGUGUGGGGACGUUUUGCUGACUUCUUGCUUAGCACAUAUGCGAUGGCCAAUAUGUAUAUUACUUUAAUAGAGGGAUUUAUUCAGUUUGAAGUGUAACUUGUGUUGUUGCUUUUUGAAGUUUAGAUGCAGAGAGGAAAGGUGCAAAUCUAAUUUAUUCAUGACUCACCCCUAAGACUUUAACUCAUGUCAUUUAAGCCUUUAUGAAAUACCAACGGCACAAAUGCUUGAGUAAAAAAAAAUGCAAAACGAUAGUGGUAAAAUUGACAAGGAAAUACAAAACCGUGGGGAUUUCACCGCCCCAACCCUUCUUCCUCUUAUUUUUGCCCUUGGAAAUGUAUGUAUUUGACCACCUCAUCAUUGAAUAACCUGUUUUGGUUUGUAAACAAACUCAUCAUGUCAAACUCAGUUCAAGUGACACAUUAUGUAAAAUAAAAGAUCUCUGUAAA